GUCGUACGUAACCCGCGACGUAAAUUAAAUGUGCGUCACUCUGGCUCCAUUACUUUUAUUGUCCGCAAUUAUAUCAGUCACAGAUGGACACGGUCUUAUAAAAAUGACAACAAUUAGUUAGUCAACUUUUCUAAAAACUGCAGAGUAUUGAGUGGUUGAAGGCCUGCUGACUUGAUGGCUAACGUUAGCUUUGGGGAAGAGUUGUCUCCAUCGUGCAAGGAAACAGAGGAGCUGAAAGGAGAGAUUGCACAACCUUAUGAAGCAGAGGACGUUGCAGUGGCGCCCUCUUUCGGUGAUGGCGGGUGUUUAGUUGAAAGCGCAGCGGAUGCUUCAUCGUGUCAGGAAAAGAAAAUGAUGGAUGACAAAAUCUCUCCCAUCGAAGGACAGCUUCAGUAUCUGUUAAAUAAAGCAGACGAGAUUCAAGUCGAGCUGGUGUGGAGUUCAGGCUUCCAGAAUGACAGGUUGGCUGGUAUUAUUCCAAUGUUCUUGCAAACUUGUGAGCCGUACUUCACUUACCUGGAGACCACAGCCAGAAACAACCAUCCCUUCCACCCUCCCCUCUCCAUUUACAUAUGCACACAGCUUUUGCAGUUCUCGCAGCAGCUGAGCUCUCGUCUGGAGCAACUGGUGUUGAUGUACGCUUCGUUCAACGUCAUCUCCAUAGAGGAAAAUGAUCCAGCAAGUAUCUCACACUUUUUUAUUGGCAAGUGUCGAAUAGACAACAUGAAGCUGUCAAUCUUCCGGUACUGUUGUCCCACCCCCUUUCUCGCCUCGGCCAAUACCGGGCUGUACAAGCGCAUGCGCUGGAAUGUGGAGCGAGAGGAUGAAGAGGAAUAUGAGGGCAAUAUCAAUCCAGAUUUUUAUUUUCUGUGCUGUGAGGAUGUAUUUGAGGACGCAGAAGCCAAAGGAGAUGAUACAUCAACAGAGAACCAAAGCCGAAUGACAAGACUCUGGUCUAUUGGUCAGUGGAACCAGACGUACCCUGACCCAGAUGACAUCACCAACUGGGUUUUGUGUUCAGUGCCUUGUGCCCAGUACAAGCAGCUGUUGUGUCUGGGAAAUGAAGAGCCUUCAUCUUGCACUGCAACAGACUGCCUGUUGGGGGCGCUGUUGUCUGAGGAAACACACGGUACACUUGUCUCCGAGACAUGAGGUGGUACAUGUAUGAUGCCACAACUUAUUGGGUUAGAAAUUGUUGUUUUUUUAGUAGCUUGUUGUUUUUAAGGUUCAGAAUGUUCUCUUUUCGAAUUAAGUUUCCAUUGUCCCCAUGUUUGUUUGAGAAUGAAAGACAAAUUUCAUUGUUUCAAGUGGAAAUGUUCAAACCAACUUUGCUCAUCAUUGAAGAACUUAUUGGGAUAGAAAUUGUUUUUUUAGUACCUUGUUAUUGUUAAGUUUCAGAAUGUUCUUUUUCGAAUUUAGUUUCCAUCGUCCCCAUGUUUGUUUUUAAAAUGAAAGACAAAUUUCAUUGUUGCAAGAGGAAAUGUUCAAACUAACUUUAUUGUUCAUCAUUGAAACAUUAAAAUACAUGGGCCGAGUAAUCCAUUACAAAGCCUGGAAAAAGACUGCUUGCAGUCUGGGCUCAAAACGCAUCUCCAUAAAACGGUAAAUAACACAAUCCUUCAUUACAAAAUAAAUUACAAAAAUAUACAUAGAACCAAAAAUAUACAACAUAGAAGCAGGUCUGUGUGUCUUCGCACAUUUGUAAAGCAACACAAAAAAACAAACAAACUGGUGAAGAGCAGGUCAUUCUUGUAUUCCUUUAAGCAUUUGUGUGUUUAUGAAAGUCAGCCCAGUUCAAUUUCUCAGUGCAUUGUUUUAGCUGCUGGUUUUUGUUGAUGCAGUAGUGCUCCCUGUGCAUUAUUGUACUUUCACGUUGAUAUGUCAAGUUUUGCAACAGUAGUUCAGUCAAUACAGUAAAAUAGGUAGAAUCUGCCUGAAACUCC